AUGACGAGAAACCGUUCAGAAACCGUGGUUAAUCAUUUUUCUCGGGAAUAUUUGUUGAUUCAGCUUUUUAAUACUCUUUUGCGAGCUAAAAUGUUUUUUUUUCUAGCUGAAUUACCGCCUUUUUGGAGAAAUGGACAUGAAGAACGAGUCUCGGACGUCAGUACAUCAGAACCGCUUGAUAUUCGGAUCGGCAAACGAAAAUAUGAAAAUGUACCUCUUGUCAGUGGUUAGAAAGUUAUUUAAUACCAAAAAAAUGACAACUUCCGAUAUACGACGACAAAAAAUCAAAAAGAUGAUGCUGCACGCCUGGAAUGGCUACAAGAAUUAUUCUUGGGGAUUUGCCGAAGUAAAUGAUGAAAGUUUGGUAUUUUUAAACUGAUUGAAUUCAGGUGAGCCCAGUUUCAAAAACUCCACACUGGGCCGAACUUUUUGGGGGUGACAAAAUGCCCGUAACGAUUGUGGACGCCUUGGAUACGCUUUUCAUUAUGGAUUUGCAAGAAGAAUAUGAAGAGGUGGUUUGAAUAAUCUUUUUUUUCGCUAAGUAGCAUUGAAAACGUCUCUUCGUCUCAAAAACGCUGUUAAAAUAGACCCUAUGCGCCUUUAAGUAACCCGACAAGAAUUUAUGAAAAUGGGUAAAACGGAAAAGUUUUUUCGAAGACUCUUCAUACAAAAGCUUGAAAGGUUCCGCUAAAAGCUGCAAAAAUGACCUAAAAAUUUUUUGAGCUUUUUUUUGAACCCUCUGGACUUUUUUUUUAAUAAAAACCUGUGUUAAUAAAACAGCAAAGACUAUUGGGGACCAUUAGAAGCUCUUUUUUGGAAGAAGCUUUUGAGGAGGUUUCCCGUUUUGCCUGAACACACUAAAGUUUUAUGAUUCUAUCAAUUCUUUAGGCUCGCGAUUUCGUUCGCGACAACUUCACCAUGGAAUCGGCGACGACACCUUUAUCCGUCUUUGAAACGACGAUUCGCUUCGUCGGAGGCCUUUUAUCGGCUCACGCUCUAACGAAAGAGCAGUUUUAUGUGUUGGGGAAAAAUUUCAAACCUAAAAAAGGUUCAAUUUUAGAGAUAAAGCAAAAGAGGUUGCUGAUAGCCUUUUACCGGCUUUCGAUCAGGUAUCAGGCAUUCCGACGAGCAUUUUGGAUGUGAGCCGGAAAAUUGCGACAAACUUCGGCUGGGCCGGAGGGUUUCUUUCAUUUCUUUGGCCGCAUUUGGAAUGGCUCAAGGCGUUGCGGUCGCGCUGCGGUUCAAGAAAUUUCAACCAGAAACUGGUGAAAAGAAAUGUGGACGUGAAGAUGUUUACUAGAUGCAGAUUUUCCCGCUGAUUACGAAUCUGAGCUCGAAAAUCGUCAAGGAAGUCCAAAAAUGAAUUUAUAAAAGUUGAAAAAAAAAUUUUCAUGAAGUUCAACGGAAGGUAGAGCUGACCAAAAUGAUCUUGAAACAACAAUUCUUUUUUUUUGAGGACAUAUUGCGCUUAAAUAUGCCUGUGGGCGUUCGCCCCAACUUUCAUUACAACUUCACUCUGGCGUAGCGCACUGCUGGCGUGCGCUACGGAAUAAAGACUUAUAUGCCGAGUCGGACUUGCUCCUAAAGGAAGAAUGGAAUGAUGCUGAGGAACAUCAUUUUAUCCAUUUCACUAAGAAAAAAAGCUCAAAUUCUGUCACAGGCCUUUUAUUUCAAAGCGAUUUCUAAAAUCAGCUUCAAACUCAGAUUUCAGAUUUGAGCAAACAGCUAAUGACGGAGUUUUUUUUUUUCAAAAUCAUGAGAUCUUCUUUAUUGAGACCAAUCACUGAUAAAAGUUUAAAUUUGAGCUUUAAAAACUUAAUUUUGAAUGUUAUCGGCGAUUUUGAGCUGAGAUUCGGAACCAGCUUGAAAAACUGCAUCAAUCAAAAUUUUCUGAUGAAGCGUUUUUUUUUUUUCAAAACCGCCUGCGACGCUUAGGGCCAUUCCUUUAGCUCAUUUCGUGCCAGCUUGUCACGAUUUCCAUUCUCCUCCGAGCUACAGAACCCUUCCGGAAAGCUUCCCUUCGAUGCGCGUGCUCUGCCUCUAUCUAUGCGCCUUUAAUAGAGUGGAAAUUUGGGGCUAAAUAAAAGGGGAUUGCGAUGAUGUAAAAGGAAUUGUUCUGCAGCUCGUAGGAAAAUUAAAAUAGGGACAACUUAGCGCAUAAUGGGCUACUGGGAAACAUUUUAGUGGCCACUAUAAGGACUACUCGGGGAGGACACUAAAGUGGCCACAAAACCCACUUCUAAAGUGACCACUAUUUUCCGUUUUAGUGGCCACUUCAGUAGUUUUUCAUCCAGUAUUCCUUCCAGUAACUCUGAUAAAUUUAAAACAAACAGAUUGGACCAGUUAUAAUGAUCCAAUGACCCCUAAAGUGACCACUAAAAUUUUUUCUCGCCUAGUAGCUGCACCGAGACCUCUAUAGUGGCCACUAAUUUGACUAUUAUCGUGACCACUAAAACUUCAAAACCCUAUAGUGGCCACUAAAAAUUUUCCCAGUAUGUCAUGAACUUUUUUAGCUCAAAAAAACUAUCCCACACAUUUUCAGGUCGAUCCUCGCUGAAAUCGGCACCCUACACCUGGAAUUUGUCUACCUGAGUCAGUUGACCGGCAAUUCGACCUACAGAGACGCGGUCCAGAAAAUCCGCGACGCCCUGGAUCGGAUGCCUAAAAAGAAUGGUCUUUACCCGACUUACAUCAAUACUCUUGAUGUGAACAUCCCUUUGAGGAGUAUUUAGUGAGUUUUCGAGCUCAAAUCAUGGGAAAUGAUUUUUUUCGUCCAAAUUUUGAAACUUAGUCCGACGUUUUAGGGUGAUGUCAAGUUAGCUGAGAAAAACUGAGCAUUAGAAAAAUAAAUAAUCGGAUUUUUCGAUACGCCCUUUUUUCCUCUAAUUAUCGUUAGAGCAAACUUCAUCCAUUAACUAAAUUCUUGACUUCUCUCGAAUUUUUCGCUUUUCUUAUAGCACCUCAUUUUCAAUUACAGAGUGGUUCCUAUAGGGGCAACCUUAGGGCUUUUAAAGGGUCUCCCCUGAGAACCACUUUACCAACCCCUAAAGGGACCACUAGAGCUCGCAAAAGUAGUCCCUAUGAGCGUUUUAGUUAGUGGCCCCUAUAGGGGACACGCUAAUAGAUAAUUCUCAUGAACUCUCAGCGAAAAGCAAUUUUAAGAUCCCUAUAGGGUCCACUUGAACUUUAGGGGCUCAGGAGCUAGACCCUAAAUCCCUAUAGAGACCACUUAGUUUUCACCCCUGUAGGGACCACUUUUCGGCCCCUUUAGGGGUCGUUUUCCGCCCUAACCCCUAUAGGAACCACUCUGGAAUUCCUAAGCUUGAAAGCUUAUUUUUAGCGGAACUAAGAUCAAAAUUUCAACUUGAAUAAUUUUUGAAAAGACCUGGAAAAAUCAAGAACCGAUCCUUCAGCACCCUAUCAGCAUGUGGCGACUCAUUCUACGAAUAUUUGCUCAAAUCUUGGCUCCAAUCGGAUCGAACUGAUGAACAAGCCCAGAGGAUGUACUGGAACGCUAGUCAAGCCAUUGUCUCGACGUAAUAUUCCGUUAUUCAUCAAGAAUUUGAGUUUUGAAAAUUUUCAAGGCUGCUGAAAAAGUCUUCAAAGUCGAAUUUGACGUAUUUGGCCGUGUUGAACGGGGAGUAUACCCAACAUCGGAUGGGUCAAUUGGCCUGUUUUGCCGUCGGAAUGUUCGGAUUGCAGGCUGUCAAUGAACUGAAUCAGGAUAGAAAGGUUAGGAAUCGAUAAAAAAAUCAGACAAAGGACAAAGUAUAUUUUUAUUAAAUUGUUGAGCCUCGGGAAGGCCGGAAAAAGCUGAUUUAAUAUAGGUACACAAGACACGAGGAGCUUCAAAAAAUCGGUACAGGAAAAAAAAAAUUGAGAAGUGUCUUUCCGAAAAAAUAGUCACAAAGUAGCCGCGAAAAAGGAAUAACUGGAGUGAAAAAAUAUAAUCGAGAUCCAUUUUCUGCGGUUUUGUAAUGAAAAGAAAACUUUUGCGCGUUUAAAUUGACUAAAGUUCGCAAAGAUCGUUCUUUAAUAUCAUAUUUCUCAUUGUAAAAACGAAGUUUCUAACCUAAAAUUUAUUGAUUUUUUUAUAAUUUUCAGGAAGAAAUAAUUCUAGAACCUGUUGAAUAUGUUAAUUAGAUCAUAAGGCUUUGAAAAAAAUAGGCCGAAAAAAUGUGGCAAAAAAUAGGUAUGGGAAAAUAAGGAAAAAAGAGCAAUUUUUACCGUUAUUGGAAAAAAGGGGAGAAAGCUCAAAUAGAUUCUCCGUCUCUAUCAUGUUCCUCACUGAAAAACGAAUUUUCUAAUUUAAAAUAUCACUGAUUUUAUCAAAUUUCCAGGACGAAGCCAUGAAAAUCGCCGAAGAUCUUGCGAAAACCUGUCACGAAAGCUUUAUCCGUUCGGAAACGGGAAUCGGUCCCGAAGAGUUCGAUUUCGAAUGGGAGCGCGACGCGACCGCGGCGAAUAGUGUUCAUUAUUUGCUCCGUCCGGAACCGAUCGAAGGAUUUUUCUACUUGUGGAGAUUGACGGGCAAACCG